ACAAAUUUUAGCAUAUUGUCCGAAUGGGUCAAGUUGGAGCGGGGCACAGCAUUCAGCUUUCAGCAUCUCUUCUUCCGUUUGGUGUUCAGAACAAACUCAGUUACAUUUCAAGCAGUUUAUUAUCUAAUCUUGGAACACUAAAAACUAUCCAAAAAAUGGAGGUAGCAAAUUCUCGCAGCAACAAUUCUUCAUCCCUCAAACGCCGACGAGAAGAGGAUGACGACUUCCAAAACUCCAUUGAUAAUGGUAUCGAUUUCUCCCUACUUGAAGCCCUAGAAAAGUCUCAGUCAAUCGUCGAAACCCUCGACCUCAAAACCCUAAAAAAACUCGUCCUUUCUUUCGAGCGGCGUCUUCGCGACAACAUCGAAGCUCGUCUCAAGUACUCUGAUCAACCUGAAAAGUUCGCCGAUUCUGAGGUUGAACUCCAUGAAGAGCUUCAAAAACUCAAAGUUCUUGCUGGAGGUCCCGAACUUUACCCCGAGUUGGUAAACUUAAACACGAUUCCUUCAAUUCUUGGAUUAUUAAGCCAUGAUAAUACUGAUAUUGCUAUCGACGUUGUUUCUCUCCUUCAUGAUUUAACUGAGGAGGAUAUUUUAGAGGAUAAUGAUGAACCUGCCAAGGUAUUAGUUGAUAGUUUGAUUGAAAACAGUGGUCUGGAAUUACUAGUGACGAAUUUGUUGAGGUUAAAUGAGAAUGAUCCUGAUGAAGGGGGUGCUAUUCAUACUACUUUAGCUACGCUGGAGAAUUUGAUAGAGGUUAAGCCUGCAGUGGCGGAGAUUGUUUGUGAGAAGACGAAAUUGUUAAGGUGGUUGUUAGGGAAGAUUAAGGUGAAAGAAUUUGAUGGAAAUAAAGAGUAUGCGUCCGAGAUCCUGGCGAUUUUGUUACAGAAUAGUACUGCGAAUCAGAAACGAUUGGGGCAGAUGAAUGGUGUGGAUGUUAUGUUGCAGGCGGUGGCAAUGUAUAAGUCUAAGGAUCCCAAGAGUCCCGAGGAGGAGGAGAUGGUAGAGAAUUUGUUUGAUUGUUUGUGUUGUUUGUUAAUGCCUUUAGAGAAUAAGGAGAGAUUUGUGAAGGCUGAAGGGGUUGAAUUGAUGAUCAUUAUAAUGAAACAGAAAAAAUUGGCAUAUGGGUCUGCUAUUAGGGCACUUGAUUUUGCCAUGACUAAGUAUCCUCCAGCUUGUGAGCGUUUUGUGGAUGUUUUGGGGUUGAAAACUGCUUUUGCUGCUUUCAUGGGUAAGAUACCAAUUAGCAAGAAGAACAAGAAAGAACGAUACAAGGAAGAGCUAGAGGAGCGGAUAAUAUCACUUAUUUCAUCGUUAUUUGCGGGGAUCUUGAGGGGAUCUAGAAGAGAAAGAUUGUUGAGCAAAUUUGUGGAAAAUGAGUGCGAGAAGAUAGACAGGCUUAUAGAACUUUACGUAAGAUAUUCUGAUAGAGUUAAAGCCGAGACUGAACGCCUGAGCGAACUGGAACUUGAUCUUGAGAUGGAUGAGGAGGAAAGGUACAACAGGAAGCUAGAUUCUGGUCUUUACACUCUUCAGCUGAUUGCUGUUAUUUUAGGGCAUCUUUGGACCUCUGAGAAUGCACGGAUGAGAGCAAGAAUUGAACUUUUACUUAGGCAGCAUAAGCUCACAAAGAAUGAUGUGAAGGAUAUACUUCAGGAAUAUCAUGACAACAUUGGAGACCUUGACGGACCAGAGGAAAAGGAACGUGCUCAGUCGAAAAUACAGAAGUUUUUAUCUGCCUUUUGAUGAUUUUCCCAAGGGAUGAAAAAAAUGAAACAAAGUCGGAAUGAGGGCAAGUACUUGCUGAUGCUUCGUCCACUGUUUAUAACUUCUAUUUUCCGAUUUGAACAUGUUGGUUCGAGUGUCAAUUGAUUUAAGCAAUACUUUCCCUGGAAAAACAAAAUUGUUACUCAAUGCUUUUUAUUUUUUUCUCGGUGCAAUUAAAUUAUAGGAGUAUUAAUAUUACUAUUGUUUUUAUCUCUUUGUUUUCACAACUGAAGUACUUGUAAAGUUUCAUAAAUUUACUAAUUUGUUUAGGCUCUAAUGUUGCUUAAUUUUGAUUUCUCAACCUUGUAGGACUAGAGACAAGAGAGAACCUAUGACAGUGGUUCUAUGCUUGUCCUAUGUAUAUGAUGUAAAGGAGAAAUGGUGGGGUGCUUCUUUGCAAACCCCAUUGCAUCUUGAUGGGUUAUCCAACUCGCUCUUAACAAUUUUAAAAGGUGUUUUGACAAUUGUUUGUUGGUUGUUGGCUGAUGGUUGAUUUACUUGGCUUGUUUGAUCAACCAGUAAUAUUAAUUUUUUAUUGGUGGUUAACUUAAUUACAUAAGCCAACUAUUAUUGAAAUGUUUGGUAAAAUUAAUUUUUGAAUGUUAGCUCUUUAUUAUAGAAAAAUAGGUCAAAAAGCUAAAAACUUUCAAAUUUUUUUCAAAUUUAGCUAAUAAAUAGCAAAAAAUAGAAUCUCACAAAAAAUAAAUAAGAACAC